CAACCUACUUGUUUUCGUUUGCAGUCUUCUUAGCGACGUUUCGUGAUACCGCGCUGCGUACUGGGAUUGACGGCUCGACCUUUUUUCCGGGCGCAAAUAGCUAAGGCGUGCGUCCCAGCCGAGCUGAGCUGCGCCCCCGAUGGAGAGUCACACGGCGCCGCUGAUGGGGGGACGACCCUCCUACUCGGACCUCCAGCACCCACUGUUCGACAACAGCGAGUCCCGGCCGCGGGAGAGGGCCAUCAACCUGGUGGUGGGUUUUCUGACGGCGCUCAUCGUGUUCGUCACGCUUAUCAGCGCCUUCGUCUUCCACGAACACUCGCCGCGCGGCGUCAACAUAUUCUUCGGCGUCAUCAUCGUCCUCAUCUGCGCCUCGCACCUCACAGUGAUCUGGUGGUACAGGCAAGGCGACGUGGACCCGAAGUUCCGCGUCCUGAUCUUCUUCAACGCGUUUUGCAUCGUGCUGCUGUGCGUGUGUGCCAACCUAUACUUCCACCUGCCGGACCCGCAGAAGCCGUGAGACUCGGCCAGCUCGCUCGGCCUCCCGUCGAGGUCGGGCGACGCCAUCGGCCGGCCCGUCCGGCUCGCCCGACGCUGAGCUCUCGCCGACGGGCGCAGGCGCCUGCCAGAGAGUGCGGAGCCACUCGGCGCGACGCGGCGCUCUUGUCGCCGCCGCGCUCCCCGGCUAUUCUUGUUCCGUUCUGCUGUGAUUGAAGUAUUUACGUUUGCCGGGAUGCGUACAGAUCGCCACGAGCACUCAUGUUUUGUCUCGCGCUGGUAUCCACGUGGAGACAUGGGUUUGUCGGCGGCGUGCACACCCGGAGGAUGCCUUGGCACGGUCGCCAGCCACGUGGCGUCCAGCCAGUCACCGCACCCGUCGGGUGCUGAGCCGGUAGUCCGGGUGGCGCCUGCUCAGCGCCGGGUGGUGCUCUUCGUUUUGCCGGGCCUCUAUUCCAUGCUUACUAGUACUAGUCUCACGCGUGCUCUUCAAAGCAUGCUAUUGUUGAAUAUGGAAGUGUGGUGUGCUCGGACUGCACCUAGACGGCAGGUGUGUCAGCGGGUGCUCGGAGUGUUCUGACUUGAGCAGGAGAGCGCCAGCCGCGCGGUGUUACUGAUCCUGGGUCACACCAGGGCUCUCGGACAGAGCGUGUCCUUCGACUCGACACUGCAGACUGGGAGCCACCCACGGCGAUGACCUCAGUGACGAGGUCAAACUGUCAAAGAUACUGAUCUUGGAUCCCUUUCAUGCUGCGAGGGUUGUUGCAUGCAAUAACGCGAUAUGUAUGAAGUAUACGGAAAUCGUACCAUGUAAUAAUAUGUAGAGCAUGAGACUGCCUUGUGCGCAGGGGUGAAAUCUUGUCCUGUUUUCGCGAAAUCGGAAGGCUCUUACAAGAAAACUGACUGGGGUUUGUUAGCUUGAUCAUCUAUGCAUGCAGUAGCGUGUCUUGGUACGUUGGUGUCCACGGUAGCUGUUGUUUGGGUAAAUGCUGCAGCCUUUCCGGGUCGGCCUCCGGCUCGGCCCGUCGCCCGCGUAGUCAGUCGCCGCCGCAUAAUGGGAACCCAGACUCUCGGCGCUCGUCACCGGUAAGUCGAUGGCGCGUCUCCCUCCGUCCGCCGGUGGGCGGCGUGCGUCUCUACUGCACCCUGGCCGCGGCCGUGGCUCCGCCUGGCCGUCCUGUGACCCGGCGCUCUCCCGUGUACCCCGCUCCCUUGUACCCCACCCGUGGGCCGCGCAGACUGGCCGCGACCGGGCGAAGCUCGCCGGCACCCUGGCCGCGGCCGCCGCUCAGCCUGGCCGUCCUGUGACCCGGCACUCUCCCGUGCACCCCGCUCGCGGGCCGCGCAGACUGGCUGCGGCAGGGCGAAGCUCGCCGGCGCCCUGGCCAGCCGCCGUGAAAUGAAGACAGACCGCGGCCCGGCAGGCGCCGCCCGCUCGUGAUACUUCCUCUGGUAUACCCGCCGAGCACCGUCGCUCCCGCCGACUCCUUACCUACCCAUGCCCGACUAGUUCACGCUACGUGGGGCGCUGUUGUUGGAGUGUGACGGAAUGGGACCCCUGGCGGUCCUGAAGACGACGGUCAGGUAGAAAACCCUCGUUGUUGUGUUGUGUAUUCGACGCCAUCGGUUAUCCCUCGCUUUGGUCGGCUGUGGUGCUGUGUUAUCCAAUAUAGGUAAAGA